AUGGCACCAAAGUGUCAUUACAACUGUCACCUAUGUAAGGGGACCCGCUUCAGGACAGGGUUAAAGAUCUGUGGCAUCACCGUGCCUAGGACAUCUCACGUUCGCUCCCUUGUGACAGUGUCCACCGAGGACAUCGACAACUACGUGGUCAACGGGGUGGUGGCCCCGCAGGCCGUGUACAAGUGGCAGUUGUCGCUGCGACAGUCCGACUCGCACAUCUGUGGGGCUGUGGUGUACAACGAGAAGUGGGCCGUGACCGCUGCUCACUGCGUCAGUCCCAGCAACUCCCCCUCUGUCUACUCCGUGAAGUGCGGACUCUUUGACCGAAACAAUGUCACGGGCUCUCAGCGUGUCGGCAUCCGCCGCUUCAUGAGGCACCCGAGUUACAACCCCAGCGGUGCCCAGGGAUACCCGAACGACAUCGCGCUCCUCGAGUUCGACACACCCUUGACUUUCAACGAGAACUGCAACAAGGCCACCUUCUCCUCCGGCAGCUACGACUACGCCGACGUGGACGCCAUCAUCACUGGCUGGGGACGCCUCUACGGUGGCGGGCCUCUCGCUGUCAAGAAGAAGCUGGGUUACGUAAAAGUCAUUUCACACACGGAGUGUGCUGCCACCUGGGGUACUGGUGUCAACGCCAACUACCACAUCUGCAUCCUGGACAGGCCGGAGUACCGCUACAUGGCCUGCAACGGUGACAGUGGUGGACCUCUGCAGGUCAACGGUGUUGUUGUUGGAGUCGCCAGCUGGGUGGCCUCGGGCUGCCUUGUGCAACUACCCAGGCGGCUACACCAGGUACAGCACCUACAAGUCCUGGGUCGACUCGACCAUCAGCGCCAACUCUUAAACAAAUGUGCCGAUACUUUCGUGAAAAUAAAUCGUAAUAAAUGCUUAUCUUUAAUAAACGCGGAGAUCGACAACUACAUUGUCAACGGCUACGUGGUGAACCCAACGAACUCGUUCCCAUGGCAACUGUCCCUGCAGCGUGAUGGCUCGCACAUCUGUGGAGCUGUGGUCUACAACAACAACUUCGCGCUGACAGCUGCUCACUGUGUGGAUGGAGCUGUUGCUUCAAGGUUCAGACAUCCCAGCUACAAUCCCAGCGGAAGCGGAUUCCCCAACGACAUCGCGGUGCUGCGCUUCCACCCCUUGACAUUCAACAGCUACUGCCAGGCCCCCAACCUUCCCUCCGCUUCCAACGACUACGCUGACCAGUCCGCCGUCAUCACCGGCUGGGGUCGCCUGUAUGGUGGGGGCACCCUGCCCAGCAGACUGAAGCGAGGCGAUGUGGAGGUCCUGUCCAACACCAAGUGCCGCACCUACUGGGGCACCACCAUCAGCGCCACCUACCACAUUUGCGUCAAGGACCUGGGUGACAGAAUCUACGGAGGUUGCAAUGGUGACAGUGGCGGCCCUGCCAGCGUUGGUAACACUGUGGUUGGUCUGGCCAGCUUCGUCGCCAGCGGAUGUCUGACCAACUACCCGACUGCCUACACCCGUGUGAGCUCGUACUUGAGCUGGAUCUCUUCCACAGUCGCCAGCAUGGGCUGAGCUCUGCUCACUCCGAGGACUGUCACGAUGGCGUUAAAAGUGUUUCACCUUUCUGCCAUCCUGUGUCU